AUGUCUCGUCCCGAGCUCACCGCGCCCGCGGACGUGUUUUAUAACGACACCGAGGCUCGAAAGUACUCGCAGAGCUCGCGCGUGGUGGAGAUUCAAGAGCGGCUCACCGAACGCGCGGUGGAGCUGUUAAACUUCCCGGACGACGGCGUCCCGAGGUUAUUGCUCGAUGUUGGAUGCGGGAGCGGGCUGUCGGGCGAUCGCUUGACCGAGCUCGGACACGAAUGGAUCGGAAUGGAUUUGUCGGCGAGCAUGCUGGAGGUGGCGAAGGAGCGCGAGGUGGAGGGAGACGUGUUGAGGAAUGAUAUGGGACACGGAGUGCCGUUUCGACCGGGCGUAUUCGAUGGGUGCGUGAGUAUUUCCGCGGUGCAGUGGUUGUGCAACGCCGAUAACAGCGCGCACGUGCCGCAAAGAAGAUUGAAGACGUUUUUCACGCAGUUGUACAAGAGCCUGAAACGCGGCGCCAAGGCGAUUUUACAAAUCUACCCCGAUGGGCCGAGGCAGGCGGAGAUGAUCACGACGGCGGCGCUUCGCGUUGGAUUUAGCGGUGGUUUAGUCGUGGAUUAUCCAAACUCCACGCGCGCGAAGAAGUAUUUCUUAGCCCUCGCCGCGGGUCCGCCCGAACAGUUGCCGACGCCGAAGGGAGAGUUCGACGAUGACGACGACAUCGAGCGACGAGGAAUGCGCAUGGACGGAAGAAAGAGCGAUAGGAGCGGGAAGUACAAGAAAGGGAAGAAUAUCAAAGGCAAAGCGUGGGUGCACAAGAAGAAGGAGCAGUACAGAAAUCGCGGCGUCCAAGUCGCAAGCGAUAGCAAAUUUACCGGACGCAAACGUAAGGAUAGGCUGUAG